CAUCAGUGUUUAGAGGGACAGAAACAGCGGGCCCGAAAACUCCCUCAGUAUUGAACAAACAAUCAAGUAUCCACUGCGAACCGUUUUUGAGAGUUCAUCGAGUUAUGGCUGGGAAACGACUUUUUAAAAUUUUUUUAUCUGCACCCUUGUGAGGUGUAGGAUGGAUGAAUGCGUGUGAAAUGCGACUUUAGCGGGGACCAAAAGUUUCUGAAGAAAGAAGUCAUACAGGUUUGGAAGAACGGGACAGGAUAAAAGUCUGAACAUGCAAAAUAACAAUCUUCACUCCCAAGAAAAAAUCACCUGUAGGAGCUUCUUGUCAGAUGUACAGGGACAUACUCCCUGAAAACUACCCAUAUAUGUGAGAAAAUGUUCCAUGGCAAAGACCAGCUAAACAGCCACCUGCAAAACCACGACCCCAACAAGCAGGAACUACGGUGCGAGGAAUGUGGAAAGCAUUACAACACUCGUCUGGGUCUUAGACGCCACGUGGCCACACAUGCCACCUCCGCCGGCGGUGACCUCACCUGUAAGGUCUGUCAUCAGGCGUUCGAGAGCAUGCCGGCGCUACUUGAGCACUUGAGUACGCACACCGGCCGGCCUCCUCCGGGGACUGUGGUACGGGAAAGGAAGCAUCAGUGUGAACGGUGCGGCCGGCGCUUCUUCACUCGCAAGGAUGUGAGGCGCCACGCAGUGGUGCACACCGGUAGACGGGACUUCCUGUGCCCACGUUGCGCCCAGCGCUUUGGCCGUCGCGACCACCUCACCCGACACCUGAAGAAAAGCCACACGCAAGAUUUGGAGACCCUUCCUCCGAUUCCCAUUAAGGAGGAGCCCAGUCCCACUGUGUGCUCCGUCGGAUCUCCGAAAGAUGCCACAGAGGCGUUUUCCAUGGCCAUGUUCAACCCUCAAGGCCUUCCGAGCGCAUCUACCUCAGGGGUCAAUCAUCACCAUCACACAAUGGUGUCUGGCCCCCUGUCCAGCCCGAUGGGUGUGGGCUGCUACCUUGAUCCAAACAAGCCUCCUCUGCAGCAGUACCAGCAGGCUCACAGAUAUCAGCCGAGUUCCACUACCUCAUAUCUGAAAGCGGAGAUGGAGAACUUCCUGGCCGAACUCCAGUGCGGGCCAAUGCCACCGCAGGCCGCCGUGGCAACUGCCAUCUCCAGGCCUGGCGACCUUCUCCCUGACACUCUGGGAGGUCAGAGUGCCCAUUUCACCCUAAGGAACUCAGCGUUCACCUCAGCCGAGCCGCCUACCACCUCCGCCAACAUGGACCUCUCGCACCUGUUGGGCUUCCUGCCGUUCAGCCUGCCUCCCUACAGCACUCCCUUGGGAUACUCCACCACCACCAUCACCACUGCGUCCCCAAGCCCUACCUCUCAGAUCUCUGGGCCGCUUUCCUCAUUUCAGCCACAGUCACUGCAUGAGCCUCAGGCUUCAGGGCACUUAAACCAGCUCUCUGGUUUCUCUCCAACUCUACCUCGAUUCCAUCAGGCCUUCCAGCAAUGACGUCGCCCAAGUCCACUAUGACCUGCCAGUCAAACGCAACAAUUCUGUUGCGUCAUUGCCAAGUAGCUUAUAGGUAAUGAACUGGAGACGGUGAAGUUAGGUGGGUGCGAGGUCUUCGAAUGGAUCCUGUAAAAUUAGACAAAAGGAUCACUAGGAUAAGAUGGAGUUUUGCUUUUAGAAUAGUUUUAACUUUGUGGUUUUUCCUAGAGGGUCUUCAGAGUGUUUUGUAGUGAUAAAUAGACUUAUCAAAUUCAUUUAAAAAAAAUUAAACUGAGAAGUUAGCAAAAGAAAUACCUCUAUUUUUGUCAAGAAGGAAAAUAAUGCUAUUACAGUGUUCUCCGUUGUAUAAUGAAGCACUUUUUAUCAACGGCACUUCUAAGACUAAAGGUGCGGUCACAUUUAUUAUUGAUCUGCAAAUUUUUUCUGCAAAUUCCAGUCAUUUCAAUAGGAUUCGACAUGGGAGUUUUGCAUCCGGAUGAAAGAAGAGUCAGUUGGUCAUGCAAAUUUGCCACGUUGACCGUUUUGAAAGUGACUUAUGUGUGUGCUUUGCUUCAUACAUCUACACUAUUUACCUUUUUUUUGUCCAUGAAAUUUCACAGAAAAUUCUCUGUGACCGCACCAUAAAAGUCAAGUUGAACUGUGGUCUUAGAUGUACCUCUCAGCUCACGGUCACACAACACAAAAAAACCUACCUCUCUAACUCUUGUCACGAAUAGGAUUCAACCAUUUGACAAGAAAUGAAGCAAAUACUCACGCAAAUUGCAUGAAGAAUGUUAUCUCAUUUGAUUUUCUUUUUCUUUUUCUUUUUUUAAGAAUGCUCAAUGGUUUUAGUUAUGAGUCAGGUGAUUAAUUAGCAUUUAAUUAAUUAGCUUGUGUUGAUUUUAGCCUUUAGGUAAAAGUUUUUAUGCGCUGUUGUGUUCACAUCCUCAAUGUUUCUGAAAGGAGUCACAGUUAUUGUGUAGACUCUUCUCCUGUAAAUCCCCAUCUCUCUCUGUUCAUUCCAGAGUAUUUUGUGAAUGAAACGCAGAAUAAAGCGUUGAUUAUUCUGGAAUUGAAAAUCAUAAUGAAAAGUGAACAUUUGUUUAAAAUGAAGUAGCCCAUCCUGACAAAUUCCCAAAUAUGGGAACUAAAUAAAAUAUAACUUUAAUUUUUCGUUUAGCAAUAAACAAGAAUUGGUCAUAUUUGUGCCCUGCAUAAUGAUGUAAAAAGAAUCUUGGGGGGAAAAAAUGGUUGUACUGGUUUUACAUAGUUCUCACACUACAAAGUUUCCCUCAAUGUUUUGCCUGGAUUCAUGAGUAUCGGACAAAAUAAGCUUAGCACAUACCCUGUCAUUGCUGGAAAAGCACUUCAAGUAUCUCUCCAUGCUAAGCCAGGAGCACUGUCAGAAAAGAAAAUGUUUUAUCAUGUAAAUUUGAACGGUAUUUUAGUCUAUACUUUUGACUCGGUGUUACAUGCACCAGUGGCCUAUAAGGUAACUGUGAUGGCAUAUGUUGUCAACUCCAUUUUGUUUAGGCCAGCUGAAGAUGUGAAUUAAUUUCAUGAGUUUCAUUUUAUUUAGAAACCGUCGUGGGCAUUUCCUCCUUUGGCUGAACUGAAAUGAAAUGGACCUCAACUCAACUGUGAUGUUUAGACUCAGACUGAUCUACCUCAGUGAGGUGCACACUGUGCACAGCUGUACUGUACCUUUAGUAUGAAAUGUAAAGUUUCAUUGGUGUUUUACAUCUUUAAAAUUCCAAGCAUUGGAAUUUUUGGGUUCCAAGGAUUGUUUGUUUUCAUAAACAUUCUGAAAGCAAGGGUGAGAGAGAUUAAGGUGUAUUCAGAAAGAAACAAUG